AUGUUGGGAAAUUAUCAUGUCAGGGAAAUGAUCUUGUUGAGAAAAAUGAUUGUCAGAAAAAUUAACAGGGGAAGGGGGUGUCAGAAAAAUGAUUGUUGGGAAAAUGAUAGAAACCCAUAA